AUGUACCUUUUCAGGUCCUCGGUCUCUUACUUUAGACAGCCCUCCCUGCAGACCUAUGAUUCAUCCAGUGACCUGGAAAUUGAAAGCCCCCUCAUCAGCCAGCCAGACCUGCCUUCAGGGAGCAAGACCUCGUCUAGGCUUUCCCAGCUCUGGCCACACAAGGUCCUUCCUCAUUAUCCUGAAGAAUCCAGGAUGGUGCUCUUAAGCAAUACCAGAAGCUCGGUUACCUGUGGCUCUGGAUGCUGCUGGGCCCGCUGUUUUCGAAGGGCCAGGUGGUCUCAGGUAGACCCAGAGCUUGUGAAGAUAGGGGUUUUUAUUGAAGAAGCCAGGAAUGCAGGUGAGACCAUCUGUUUUAAAAUCCUUAAAUCUCUGGGAAUGAAGAGAUGUUACCAGGUGAAAGCCUCAAUGUUAAAGCUUUGCAGCAUGGCACAGAAUCAUCAAGGCAUCGUAUUAACAACAAUCCAACAGUAUCUCCAAGAACAUGAAGAGGUUGGAGAAAUGUCUGCCCACUCCCUCACGGAAAAGACCUGGAGAGAGGAACUUAAUCGUGAGAUCAACAAAUAUGAAUGCGGCUACCCUGGGCAGUCCGCAGAGAAGACUUGCCUGUACGUGUAUUAUGGGGUUGUCCUGAGAGCAUCUAACAAUGCCGGGGUAGUCAAGGAACACCUGAGCACUCUCCUAGGCACCUCCCACAAGCGUGCAUCCCAGAGAGAGGGCAUAGCCAUCACCAUUGGGCUCGCAGCCACUCGACACUUUACCAUCACUUGUGCUGUUCUGGAGGAAUUUGGCAAAACCAUCAUCCAGGGGAAGACUCCCAUCUCUAAGAUUGACCAGUACCUGGAAGACAUCCACUGGAAGUGGGCCAGCAGCACUGUGUUGCUCUGCUAUGGACAUGUGGCAUCCCGCACAAGAGACAACAUCCUGACCCUGGCUGACAGCAUCGCCUCCCGGAUCGUGUGUUACUUCCACUGCAGCCACUGGAAGCUGAUUGAAAAGGAACCCCGGGACAUUCUGUGCACUUCAGCCCUACAGGACGCCAUGCUGGCUGUUGUAGGCCUCAGCAAACUAAACCCCCCGCUAGAGGUCCAAGAGAAGUCAGAACUCCUGUACACCUGCUUCCAGAGUGUCUUCACCCUGCCGAUGGUGGAGUACCUGGAGAAGCAUACCUGUCUGAUGAUGAACCCCCCCAACAUUCAGAAUCUCUACAGGCAAACAAUUCAUGCUCUGGAUCAAGUACUCCAGGGGAUCCUGUCUGAAAACCCAGACCCAGGAGAAGCACACUACAUUCUGGAGCAAAUGGUCAUCUGGAUGAAUUCGAAACUCUCCCAUGUGCGACAGCGGGCAAUGAGAAGCAGCACUAUCUUUCUCAAGUUCAUUGUGGAGCAAUUCAACUUUAAAUCUAAGAUGAAGUUUACCAGGAUAGGAUGCAUGGCGGGCAUGUUGGGGAUGCUCUGUGGUGAUCCUGAUAAAGACACCAGACAGCAGGCUAUGGAAAGCAUCUUCUAUCUCUAUACCAUCCUGCUCCGGCAGAAGGGACUCCACCGUGAGGCUGAAGCCAAACUGAAAGAAAAGAGGAGGAUGGAGUUCUGCCAUUCAAACAAGAGCUGUGCUUCACCCACCAUCAACUUUUUAAGCAGCUCCUCACAGAUUGUAAAGACCUUCGGGGACCAUUUUGACAUUUCGCAGCUGAGGGAUUUCAUGCUGACCAUAGUGGAUGGCUUGCACUGUCCUAUCCGCUCCCGAGCCCAGACUGCUGCCGAGAUGCUGUGUAAGAUUUCUGAAUGCUACGGGAAACGUUUCAAGGAGGUAACUGAAAUUGGAAAGAGGAUUUACCUCCAGCUCAGUCUUAUUCAAACCAUGGCUGUCAAGAAGACUGUCCUGUGGGCUAUCUGUCUCCUGGUCUCACACCAUACUCAGGAACUUGUCUUUGCAUUCUUGGAAUUCUCAAUGUCCAUGAACAGGGAUAUCAUAGAACUGUGGAGAGCAGUGGGAUCCAACCCUCGCAGCUGCCCUAAGGUGUUGCACUUUCUGCUGCAGAAGCUGGAGUACAGACCCUCCCUGGAGGAAUCUAGCCAGUUGAAGGAAGCUUACUUAGAGUCCCUGGCUGCCAUGAACAUACUAUAUGAGAUAAUCUUUGUCCCUGAGUACCAAGAUGCACUGAAGACAGCUUUUCCCCAGUUCUUAUUCUCCAUGGUCACCCAGAUCCAUUAUAUCUUUGAGCUAAACCUGCAGGAUAAAGAUUACACCUAUAUAGGCAAAGACUUUACCAUCCUUCCUUCCAUGAACACCAGCCCCAGCUGUACCUCAGUGGAGGCCGUGAAAAGCCUCCUCUCCAAGAAUGACCUCUGGCAGGAGUUUGCUUACCUGGAGCUCCAAGAUGCCUGGGCCCAGCUGGUGGCACCCAAAUCCUUCUGCCAGGGUGUCUGUAUGCUCGCCAGGGCCAUGGUGGAAUACAGCUGCCCCCACAUCCCUGGGAUCAUGCGUCACUGCAUAUCCAUGUUCCAUAACAAGGAGGAGAGGCAGAGAACAGUGGCCAUGAUCUUCUUCACAGAGUUCUUGCGGAGCCCGCUGAUAUCAAAGAUGCUGACACAAAGGACGAUCUUCGCCCAUCUACGCAAAGGCAUGAGAGACCCCAGCUUGGUGGUACAAGUGGUCACCUUCCAUUGCUUCAGCAGCAUCAUCUGCAGCCCUGAAAAGGCUAGCCUGCUGCAGGCCCAGCUACCGGCCCUCCUGGAUGCUCUCUAUGACCCCAGAGAGAAGGUGAUCAUAGCCAGCCUGUGUACCAUGUCCAAUGUGCUCUACCAGCUAGGCAAACAGAGUGUUGACCCCUUCAGCGUGGAUAUUGCCCUCAGCCUGAGACCAUUCUUCGAUGAUGAGAGAGAAAUUGUCCGAGGUAGCGCCAUCUAUGUCUUUGGAAUGCUGGUGGGCAUCAUGCAGGACAAGGGGUCGCUCCUGUUGAAAGACCAAAUCUGCAGGAGCCUCGUCCCACUUUUAUUUCGUCUUAUGGACCAAGAAGAGGAUGUGGUGAGGAAAGCCAAGUUCGCCUUCUUCCGCUGUGCCAGCUUCUUAAACUGGGCAGACCCAAAGAAGCUCUUUCACCAAAUUGCCUGGGAGGAGGGCCUACAGGCACUGAACGUCAUCUGGAAGUGUCUUAUGGAAAACAUGUUCUUCAAAAUAGACCUUUUCCUAUCUCAGGCCCUCGGUUAUGUCCACAGCAAAGAAUGGAGCAUGCGGUCAGCUGCAGCCCUCUACAUAGGACACACAAUUGCCAUGUUGCCCCGUGAGGUGGCCAUGAUGCUCGAUGAAGCAGGGAUGAUUCUUCUGUGUCAAACCUUUAACAAACUGAAAGAGGAUGAGGAUGAAUUCAUUCGCAACGUGGCAGCAGCCCAUUUCACCAGCCUGCGGAGGGUGGCUCGGCUGAUGCCUGGAGCCGAGCCUGAGAAGGAAGGAGGAGCAGAGAAGCUGGCCCCGGGCUGGCCAUCCUCUGCUUCCCCACCAGGGGCGGGGGUGAAGUCUGCAAACCUAAUGAGGGGGAGAACCCAUGUAGCCCCUGCAUCUGCAGCCACCAGAGGCCCUGGGCUCAUUCCUGCCUGGACACACCAAGAGAGGACAGCUCCAGAGGAGCUCCGCUGGCCCCCUCCCCCACCAGCACCCCCAGCCCCUGGCCACAGCCAGCGGACCUGA